AAACCGUCUUUCUAAUUUCAACAUAACAGAGUUUCGGUCUCAUGGCUCAGCUGUACGAGCACAAGCUUCCCGAAUAUAUUUUUACCGAGAAACUUGGACAAGGAACGUAUGCGACUGUCUUCAAAGCGUACCAUAAGACAGGUGCACGACGAGUCGUUGCUAUAAAAUGCAUCUCCAAAAGCUCUCUCACCAAGACAGCAACCGAGAAUUUGCUUACGGAAAUAGCGAUAUUAAAGAGAAUAAAGAACGAGCACAUUGUGGAACUUAUAGACUUCCAGUGGAAUCAGCAGUUUAUUUACCUCAUCAUGGAAUACUGCGCCGGCGGCGAUUUGCAUCGCUUUAUACGGGCCAACAAACGACUUCGAGAGUCCAUAGUUCGCAAAUUUCUUCAGCAGCUUGCAAAGGCGCUGCGGGUUCUCCAUCAACACAAUAUUGCUCACAUGGACCUGAAGCCACAGAACAUCCUUCUCUCUUCCGUGCGGAAUCCUUCACUGAAACUCGCAGAUUUUGGGUUUGCGCAGUAUUUGCGAUCAGGUGACCUGGCCAGCUCCCUUCGAGGAUCUCCAUUAUAUAUGGCUCCAGAAAUGCUGCUCAGCGAUCAAUAUGACAACAAAGUGGACCUCUGGUCUGUCGGCAUCAUCAUGUAUGAAUGCCUUUUUGGAAGUGCCCCAUAUGCGUCGCCAACUUUUGAGGAGGUAGCGGCCAAAAUUCGCACUGACAAGCCUAUACAGCUUCCACAAGGUGCUUCUGUGUCCGACUGCUGUGCAGAUCUGCUGCUGAAGCUUCUUCAGCGGAAUCCCGAGAAACGUAUAGGCUUUGAAGAAUUCUUUGCCCAUCCAUUUGUUGACCUGGAGCACAUUCCGAGCGCAGAAACUCUUAAGAAAGGAGCCUCUCUGAUUCAGCAGGCAGUGGCCAAGGACAGCCAGGGUUGUCAUCGAGAAGCACUACACCUCUAUUGCCAGGGCCUGCAGUACCUGCUGCCUGUUUUACAGAAUGAGACUGACUUGGAGAAGUGGAAAUCACUGCAAGCAAAGGUCAGCGAAUACCUUCAGCGUGCUGAAACCCUCAAGUCGACACUGAAGUCAAGGGAGGCUAUUGUCAUUGAUGACGACAGGCAUGGAGGUGGCACUGAAUUCGAGGACAUUUGUGAUCGAUAUCCACCUCUCCAGAGUGCCCUUCUUUUGGUCAACUCUGCAAAGAAACUGGCUGUCGCAAAUAGACUUAAGGAUGCCCUAAAGACUUAUCAAGAUGCUUUAGACAUUGUCAUUCCAUUUAUGAACAAAUGCAGGCCAGAUGAGAAGGAGGUGCUGAGAGCAGAGGCUGAGAAAUGGCUUGAAGCUGCUGAGCUAGUCAAAUCUUACAUGGCCAUGCAAACCAUGGAGGUAGGAAGAACGGCUCCUGUGAAAUCAGAACAAUCGUGCACCAUACAGUGAAAUUUUGUCGUGUGGAAUGGUUGUCACCAGGCCUUGUACAUCUGUAAAUUAUAUGUUGUGUUCUUUGUUGUUAUGUUGCAUGUAGGUACUGUUGCUGCAUUUGGUUUUAAAGGGACACAAAAGGGAAUACUAUAGAGUUAUGACGUGUAGACUAUGUCACUAGUGCACCAGUCUGCUAGCAUUUUGAGCUCUUCUUUUAUGAGACAGAUCAGCCAAUCCAGCUCAGUUGUGCUUCGUUACGUCUUGUUUAAAUAGGAAGGCAUACCUAUACCACAUGUAUAACUUCGGGAUUUCAAAGUAAGCAUAGUAAAGAAAUUGUGCGCCUUUUAAAUAAUAGCAGCAGGUGGAUCGAUGUUUGUUAUCAGAACCUGCCAAUAUAGUCUCUUGUGGUGUACAACUUGGAGUACACAUUGUACCCGCAGCUUCAUGACAGAAAAUGUAGUAUUCAAAACUAAACAGCAACACGGAGGAAGCUACAGUCACUGUCAUACUUAACCUGAACACACGUCCAGCAUGCUGUCUUGAAUGUGUGUGUGUAAUGUGUCUUCUUUCCGCAGCAUUGAAUGUAUUGCUCCUUGCAGUCAGUGUCCUUUGAAGAAGUUAGGCUGCGUUAAAUUUGUUUGUUGUUAGAGUUGUCUGGUUGGGGCCCUACAUGGGAGCCUGCAUUUGUACUCAUUUGAAUGAACGCGUCUUUGAGCUGGCAUCUUCUUGAACAUGCAGAAGCAACUCUCAUAUCCAACACAGGCAUCAACUGUUUGCUGUGGCAGACUCUGCUCAAGCCAAGAGCAGUGGUUUGAGGUGUCUGAUCAUCUGUCUCUAUUUUGGGCAACAAUUUGCUAACUAAAUAGACGUCAAGCAUGGCACACUUAAGGCAUGCAUGAUGCCGCGAGGUAGCGCCUACUGUAAUAAAUAUUGGGAGCGCCUUUUUUUACUCUCGAUUAGCGUGAUCAAGCUGCUGUGCAAAAUGAUGUACAGACAGGUUCUUUUGAACCAGUUCAUUUUGAGAAACACUUUUAAACUAUCAAACUGUGAAAUAUGGUAUAGGUGUCCUGGGUUAACUUUUCUGGAAACAAAAAAAUAAAGUGUGGAGUUUCUCUAGUGUCCCUUUGAUAACUCACCUAGGAACAAUGAAUGGGUUCAAAGUAGCACCCAGCGAACUGAAAGAUCUUUUAUAUUGUUCAAACAGUAUAAAUGUGUUGCGUAAUGUUAUGCACAUUUAUGUUAUGAACAUUGUUGUGUACAGUUGUUGACGAGUUGUGCAUUAAAGCAGCUUACCACGGUUA